AUGGAGCAGAUUCUUAUCUCAGUGGCGCUUAAUAUCCAGAAAUAUGCUCAUAACCAACUCCAGCCUGGCGCAGGGACGCCGAGCACGGACCCUAAGCUCUCCAUCGCCCCGAUUCCUUACCACGCCGAGGAUCAAUUCGACACCCACGAUACCCAGGGACUUUCAAGCGUAGUCACCUCCAACCCUUCAUACCAACACCAACAUCAACGCCAUGUGGACACCGACAGUGCAAGUGUACACAGUUAUCAGAGCAGUCAUAGUAGCGGGAUCAGCAUCCACUAUGACCAUGGCAACCACGACAGCGAUACCAGUGAGCAGAGCGACACCUUUGCGGCGGCACCACAAAGACCCGGACAGGACGACUGCAAGAGCACCGAUUCUGGCUCCGACACGGCCUAUCUGCAUUCUAAGGCCUGGUGGACCGGAAUGACUCUGAUGAUUCUCGGCGAGUGCGGCAACUUUAUGGCCUAUGGCUACGCUGCAGCGUCCAUCAUCGCACCCUUGGGCACCGUUGCUCUGAUCAGCAAUGUCAUCCUCGCACCACUUAUGUUACGGGAACCCUUUCGACGCCGCGACCUCUUGGGCGUUGUUAUUGCCAUCAUCGGGACUGUUGUCGUCGUGGUCAACUCAAAGGAAAGCGAGAUAAAGUUCCUCGUCUACUUCAUCAUCAGCAGCGUUGCCCUUGGGGUGCUUAUUUCACUCUCGGACACCAUUGGAAGCGAGUACAUCUUCAUCGAUCUCUCCGUUGUAGCCAUCUUUGGUGGUUACACCGUCUUGGCAACAAAAGGUGUCUCGUCUCUGCUGAGUCUGUCCUUUUACAAGAUGUUCACAUACCCAAUCUCCUACUUGUUGGUCUUUGUACUCGUCUCGACUGCUGUCUUGCAAAUCAAGUUCCUCAACAAGUCUCUCCAGCGGUUUGACUCCACUCAAGUUAUCCCUACCCAGUUUGUCCUUUUUACAACCAGCGCAAUCAUUGGAUCAGGAAUUCUGUACAACGACUUUGACGAGAUGGACUUCAACAAGGGGCUUCACUUCUUGACUGGCUGUUGCAUGACCUACCUUGGCGUUUAUUUCAUCACCUCACACCGCGACAAGGACGAGCCCGACUCACCUAUCGUCAAUCCAGACUGGACCGUGGCCUCACAACAACCUUACGUCCCUAUCCCGCAGCGCUCGUCGUUUGACCUGUACCCACCAAACAGAGUGGUAUACCAACCCGAGCACAGCAGGUCGGAUCUUUUCCUGGAGCAAGGACGAGCUCAACCUCGGGAUAUGAGCUACGGAAUCCCACCGCACCCCAACCGUCCUCUGCGCCCAACAAAUGCAGGAGAUUCGUUCGGUCGGGAUGCCUCUGUACCGCUCUUGGGAACGUCUGCCAAGCAGUCAACGCCAGUGCCCAGAGAAGCAGGAUUCUCGCUUACCAGCAGCAUGCACAAUGUCCUCGCCGCCGUCGGCGCUCGCCACACAAGCCUACUCAGUCUAGGAAAUGGCGGUGGUGGAUCCAUUGAUCCACGGUUUCAUGCGCCUCACCUGCAGGAGCGCUCUCAGUCUCACGAUGGAAAUUACAACCAGCCUCGGCGCAAGGUUUCGACACCCAUGCUGAGAGAGAACAAUCACAACAAUCACAGAGAAAUACCGCCAUUGCCACCAAAGAUCAAGACAUCCGCAGGAGUGGCUGUCCCAGGACCUUCUUCAGGACGGAGAGGAGACCGGCACGCGUUUCCGUCGCCCAGUGAACACGAGUUUAUGACAAGUGUCGCUCGGUCAAUCGACUCUGUCUCGUCUUCGACCCCUCGGGCGUCUUCAAAGUUCCCUGUAGCUGGAGGGAUUAUGACCGCCAGUCCGACUAAGCUUCACCAUCAUCCGGCAGGCGAAGGGUCAGCGUAUUCGUUCCGGACCCUGAAAUCACCUACGGGAUCGACUCACCCGCCAUUGUCGUCGUAUGAGCAAGAGGGUUGGGCGUCGGCAUUGCCACCAUUGCAUCCGUCGUCAUUAACUGAAGCAGGUCAACAUAACCCUCAUCAAGCCCAGCGACCUAAAAAGAAGACUGGUAGUAUCAGUGGAGCGACUAUUGUUCAGGAUGAGGAUUUGUCUACGGUGUCGCCCUCCCAGGCCAGACGCAAAGGUAGUGUACCUAAAGGAGAUGAUUCAUCUCGUCAGCAACAAUAA